GAAGCAGUUUUUUGGCCUGUGACACGUAGCAACGGUGCUUGUUCAGGGUCCUAGGCUGAGUUCGGGGGUGUCCUGGCGCUGCGGGAGCUACUGCGGCCGCCUCCGCGUUUGAUUGUUUGCAAUGUCAGGCUUUGAAAACUUAAACACGGAUUUCUACCAGACAAGCUACAGCAUUGAUGACCAGUCACAGCAGUCCUAUGAUUAUGGCGGAAGUGGAGGACCCUAUAGCAAACAGUAUGCUGGCUAUGACUACUCGCAGCAAGGCCGAUUUGUCCCUCCAGACAUGAUACAGCCACAACCGCCGUACACCGGGCAGAUUUUCCAGCCAACUCAGACAUUUACUCCAACAACAUCUCAGCCAUUCUAUGGAAACAGCUUUGAGGAUGAACCACCGCUGUUAGAAGAAUUGGGUAUCAAUUUUGAUCACAUCUGGCAAAAAACACUAACAGUAUUACAUCCAUUAAAAGUAGCAGAUGGCAGCAUCAUGAAUGAAACUGAUCUGGCAGGACCCAUGGUUUUUUGCCUUGCCUUUGGAGCCACAUUGUUGCUGGCUGGCAAAAUCCAGUUUGGCUACGUAUAUGGAAUCAGUGCAAUUGGAUGUCUAGGAAUGUUUUGUUUGUUAAACUUGAUGAGUAUGACAGGCGUUUCAUUUGGUUGUGUGGCAAGUGUCCUUGGAUAUUGUCUUCUUCCCAUGAUCCUACUUUCCAGCUUUGCAGUGAUAUUUUCUUUGCAAGGAAUGGUGGGAAUCAUUCUCACUGCUGGAAUUAUUGGAUGGUGUAGUUUUUCUGCUUCCAAAAUUUUUAUUUCUGCAUUAGCCAUGGAAGGACAGCAACUUCUAGUAGCAUAUCCUUGUGCUUUGUUAUAUGGAGUCUUUGCCCUGAUUUCUGUUUUUUGAACUGAAUUUAUCUGGAAUGUGGACAUCAUUGGGCCAAAUAUACAAAAAGGACUUCGAACUCUUAAAUCGGACCAGCAAACUACUACAGUGCAACUCUCAUGCAGAUCUGACGUUUGACUGUUGGAGCAAUGGAAGUAAACAUUUUUAUAGAACUUUGGAAUACCAUUGGAUUUGUCUGCAGUAUGAUUAGCUUUAAGUGUCUGUGCUUAUACAAAUAAGAAGUGCUAUUUCUUUCCUGUUCCUGCAGCCUUUGAAAAACAACUUUCUUCCUUAAAUUAUAUUAUGAUGUUUUUGAUAGAUUUUUAUCAACUGUGGGAAACUAACCACAGAGCUGAUAAUCUUUUUUAAAAACAACCCAGUCAUAGUAAAGAAGACACAAGACUUAACUGCAGAAAUAUUUUCCAAGGAAUUAGGAAAGAAAAAUUGCCUGUAUUCUCAAGUCAGAGACUUUCAAGCAAAAAAAUUAUCCCAAUGUAGAGUUUAUGAGCUUGCACUUCAGAAAUUUGGCAUUCCUUUAAAUUAUCUCGUGGAAGUUUUGUGAAAAUUCAACAGUAGAAAAGUUCACAGUCUGCCUUAUUGUAGACAUGAAAUGUGAACACCUGUUUAGAUAUUAGCAUUAACUAGACCACGGUGACCUAGAUUGGUCACAGUAAUACUCAUAGUCGGAUCUCCAUAUUUGCCAGGAAAAAGAAAAUCACUAACCUCUUUUGAAAACUAUUUAAAAUGUGUCAGUUUCAGU